AGGCCUAUCUUUACUUCCACCCGCCACCACCGCUGCUUCAGCAUCCUCUGCCACCCCCGGUCCAAUCGUCGGUAGCGGGGGUCGAUCCGAUUUUGCCCACCGUGUACGUAUCAGUAUCGGUAUCGGCCUUCUGAACUGGAGUGCUGAGAGGUCUUAGGGUUCUUUUGCGGGGAGCUCUGGUGCAAACUCAUGGCGUCGGAGGGCAAGUCGAAGAAGGCAUUAGAAAAAUCUAUGAAAGAAUUGAAAAUAGGAGUGACUUCUAAAGGGGGUGAGGGCAAUAUGUAUGGAACAAAAGAUGGGAGCUCAUUAGAUGCAAUGUCGAGCAUCUCAUCUGGGGAUGCAACCAGCAGCAUCAGAGGGAGUGAGGUGGAUCAAGAGGCUCUCAUGGCAGAGCAAUUUAUGUAUUAUCCUGUGAAUGGAGUCUAUGGCUACUAUUAUCCAGGUUUUGAUGGCUCGAUGGGUGAUUGGAGCGAUUACGGGUACUAUGUUGGAACUGAUGGAUUGGAUGUCCAACUUUCUACCACUCAAUCAGAGAAUGAAUCACUGGCAUACUAUUUUCCGGGCUAUCAGGCUGGAUAUUCUCCUUAUAGUCCAGUCUCUCCAGUGGUUGGUGUUGAUGGGCAAUAUUUCACUCAACAUCUCUAUCAACCGAGCCCUAUAUUUCAUCAGCCUCUUAUUUCUUCAGGUUUUAUUCCUCAGUCAGUCGCUUAUGGACCAGAACUUGUCCCAGCAUACUUAUGGGAUUCUCAACCUUUACUAACUGUUAGAGAUCCAACAACAACUUACCCAAAACCUAAUUAUCCUUCUCAUAAUCAUGCAAUAACUCCUAAAGCUUCAGUUCCCCCAAUCUCAGCUACUUUAACCAAGCAAGGAGCAGCUACUGCAUUGGAUGCAACACAGAAUUCUACUUCGCCAAACCAGGCUCAUAAGUCGAUAAAAAAGGUGAAUAAUGAUGUCUCUAAAGAUUUCAUUCAGACAAGCAAGUUUAAUUCAUAUCCUAGCCCAGGCAAAAAUGGUUUGCUAAUCAUGAAUGGCAAUGCGAAGACAACUGGUAAAGCAUGGACUGGGGCUGAAAGGCAGAUAUCAACAAACCAGGCUCAGGUGGCUGGCUAUUUUGAUAUGCCAAAUGAACAGAACCGUGGUCCCAGAACCAUUGGUAACCAAGGAGCUUGGGUGUCUGAUUAUGAUUCGACUACUGGUUCUGUGGUUAGUAACAGCAACAGCACCGCGGUGGUCUCUAUAAAGAAGGAAGACUACAAUCUCCCAGAUUUUCCAACUAAGUAUGAUCACGCUUUCUUUUUUGUUAUAAAAUCAUAUAGUGAGGAUGAUAUUCACAAGAGCAUUAAGUAUAAUGUUUGGGCAAGCACACCAAACGGAAACAAGAGACUUGAUAAUGCAUAUCAAGUUGCCCAGGCGAAAGCGGCAGAGAAAGGAUGCAAGUGCCCGAUCUUGCUCUUCUUUUCUGUGAAUGCAAGUGGUCAAUUCUGUGGUGUUGCAGAGAUGAUUGGUCAGGUUGAUUUUAACAAGAGCAUGGACUUUUGGCAACAAGACAAGUGGAACGGUUACUUCCCAGUCAAAUGGCAUAUAAUCAAAGACAUUCCAAAUCCACAAUUCCGUCAUAUAAUUCUAGAGAACAACGACAACAAACCUGUGACUAACAGCCGAGAUACACAGGAGGUUAAAUUUCCCCAAGGCACCGAGAUGCUGAACAUCUUUAAAAACUUUUGUGUGGAGACUUCCAUAUUGGACGACUUCGGCUUCUAUGAAAGCAGACAAAAAGCAAUGCAAGACAAGAAGAUCAAACCUACAAUCACUGUAAUGCCCAAACCUGAAACCAUUGCAGUUGUUACAAAGCCAGCUGAUGCCAAGGCAGCCAAGGAAUGAUUGUCAUUAAUGACCAAAUUGGGGAGAAUCACAGGUGUUUUUGGCCUUGUUGGCUUGGGCAAGCCAGGUGCUUUUCUGAUCCAUAUAAUGUAGCAAAUUGAAGUUUUUGUUUCUUUUGGUGGGGGUCUAUUCCCAUGAGUAAUAUUUUACUUCAGUGAUUGGGCUGAGGCCCUAACCUGGGAGGGGAGCUGAUGGAAUUUGCCCACUGGUGCCCCAACUGUUUUCCAUAGAAAGCUUUUCUUUUUCUCCUCUACCUUUUGCUCCAUGAUCCCUCUCUUCUUUUUGUUGAGGAAGGGUGUUCUUAAUUGUUUUGCUUUUAUAGUUUAAGGCUUCGUUUGAGACGUUUUUCUUAUUGCUUCUUAAAGCAGCUUUUCAGUACAAAAAUUUUAAUUUUUAUACUAAAAAAAUUACUUUAAGAAGCAGAAAGAUAGCCGUCCCAAACGAAGCCUAAAGGUGUUAGUAGACUUUUUUUGGUUUUGUGUGUAGAGUAGGCUAAGCCAAUGGAAAGCCUGCACAAAGCGUUUUCAUGUGAACUAUGAAAAGAAAUAUGAGUGAUGUUCCUUUAGAAAAGCUAUCUUCUGUUUGGUGCUUUUAAGUGGGAAGUGAUUCGGAUGGUUGUGCUGCUUUUGUGUUCUUUAGUCCACUUUUGAUUUGUUCUGUUUGUUAGUGACUGUUGUUGGAUGAUGAAAUGUAAAGGUAGGACUUUUUCUUUUGCCAAA